ACUCUCGACUUGUGUCUUCCAAUUUUACAUUCGUUCUUCAGUAAAUAAAAGAUAUCCUAACCCUUUCAACAUGUCGGAUCACGAAUCUGAAUACGAAUCUGAGGUAGAAGAGGUAGAAGAAGUUGAAGAGGAAGAACAAGAAGAAGUUCAGGAGGAAGCUGAACCCGAACCUGAGAAGGUCGAGGAAACAAAACCAGAAGAGAAAAAUGACAAACCAGCGCCACCAAAAUUUUCCAUGCCUGCCAUGGCACCUCCAAAAAUUCCCGACGGAGAAGUUCUUGAUCUUGAGGAUAUCCAACGUAAAAGAAUGGACAAGGAUCUUAGCGAGCUUCAGGGACUCAUCCAAGCCCACUUUGAAACGAGAAAGAAGGACGAAGAAGAUAUUGAACAACUACGAGUAAGAAUUGAAAAACGAAAAGAGAAGCGUGAGGAACAAAUGAGAAUUCGUCAAGAACGAGAGAAAGAAAGAAUGGCUCGCGAAAAGGAAGAGAGAAAGAGAAAGGAAGAAGAAGAAGAACAAAAAAGAGUGGAAGAAGAAGCUCGUAAAAAGGCAGCAAUAGCAAACAUGUCUCUUCACUACGGUGGAUACUUGGCAAGAGCCGAAAAGAACAAACCAAACAAGAGACAGACAGAUCGUGAAAAGAAGAAGAAGAUAUUGGCUGACCGAAGAAAACCACUGAACAUCGAUCAUUUGAACAGCGAUAAACUUCAAGAAAAAGCACAAGAGUUGUGGGACUGGCUUUUCACACUGGAAGAAGAAAAAUACGAUUUUGAACAAAGAAUUGAUCGACAAAAAUAUGAUAUAAACCAACUUCGUCAACGAGUGAACGAAUACAUGGGAAAAUUCUCGAAAAACAAGAGACAAGCAGGAGGAAAAAUGAACAUCGGACCAAGAGGAGGAGUUGCCGCCAAAUCCGGAGUUUUCAAAUAAAAUAUACAACGAUAUCAUCGAAACGAACAAUUCAAAACUUUUGACUGAAUUUAUUAUCGUAU